AUGACUGCUAAACCGGCAGGUAUCAGCGAGCAUGCAGACCUCUUCACCGAGACAGACGAAGAGAAGCACACCAGGUAUCGUCGGAUUGUCCAGCCUGCCUAUCAAAUGGUCAGCAUUCUUAAGCAUCAAGAUGCGAUCGAUGAUUGCACAAACUUGUUGAAAGUGCGACUGCACAAAUUUGCCAAGACAAACGAAGAGGUAGACCUGGGGCUUUGGCUCGAACUAUUUGCUCAUGAUGUAAUUGGGCACAUCCUUUUCGGCCAAUCCUUUGGUUUCUUGGAGAAGGGUACACAUGUGGAUUCUUUUAUUGAAUCUGUACACAACGCUGCCCCGCUUCUUGCUUUCAUUACUGCGGCACCGACCUACAUGCGCAGCAUCAUCAUGCUGGCAGCCAUGUGUGUUCCUAGCAAUUUGAAGCAGUUCAAAGGCGUACAAGCUACCGUGGUGGAAGCUAAAUGCCAGACACAACUUCGACUACAGCGCUCGGCAGAAGCGGACGAUGAGAGUCAAGACAUCCUUUCUCAGCUCCUACGUAAAGUGGGGCAGAAAGAUAGUGAAGCUUGGUUCACACACAAAGAAGUCACAUUGGAGUCUUGGGCUGGUAUUAUGGCUGGCGCUGAUUCUGUCGCCGUCAACUUGAGGGCAGUUUUAUACUACCUUAUAAGGACGCCCGAUGCCAUGUCUAAAGCGACCCAGGAAUUACAGACCCAGCAACACCUCCUCAGCACACCUGUUAGCUUCGCAGAAUCAACGAAGCACCUACCGUAUAUCAGUGCGUGUAUUAAAGAAGCCUCUCGCCUUUUUCCAAGUACCGGAUUCAACAUGAGUCGUAUAGCUCCUGCACAGGGUAUUACCCUGUCAGGCGUCUAUAUUCCGUCUGGAUACCACGUCGGUAUCAAUCCGCAGACAGUACAGUACGACAAGAAGCUCUUCGGCGAAGACGCUUUGGAGUUUCGACCAGAGCGCUGGCUAGAGAGCGAGGCUAGAAAAUUUGAGAUGGAAAGGGGGAUGCUGCUGUUCGGUGCAGGAAAGAGGACAUGUAUUGGAAAGAACGUAAGUCUUCUAUGA